GUACGCGUAUACGAGAUCGUGUUCUUGCAGUAGAUCAUGUGGAUGGCGUUUGUUGACAAUUGCUUUGUAACUUUGUCGUAUUUGUGCAACCUGGCAUACAUUCCAAGCUCCGCGGGCAAUGCUCCCUAUUAAUUUGUGGUGCAGACUCAGCCGUGGUAGAGCGUGUUUGUAAGAGACUAGUUGAGAACAUGGCCGCCGCAGCGUCUGCGGAGAGCUCUCCGCCUGCCCCUGGCAGCCUCGUCCGGACUGCAGACGACAAGAAACCGAAGGGGCAUCGCUGGUACUUGGGUGGCAUUGCCUCCAGCAUGGGCACGUUGUGCACGCACCCGCUGGACCUGCUCAAGGUACACUUACAGACACAGAAAGGACAGGGCUUGACAAUGCUGGGCAUGGCAAGGAACGUCAGAGAGCAUCACGGCCUGAGCAAGCUGUACCAAGGACUGUCAGCCUCUGUCAUGCGCCAGCUGACCUACUCCACCGUGCGCUUUGGCGUCUACGACUCGGGCAAAGCGUACUUGACCGACAACGGCACGAAGCCGCUGCCUGUGUACCAGAAACUCUUCCUGAGCUUCUGGGGAGGUCUAGCAGGUGGCCUGGUGGGCAAUCCGUCGGACAUCGUCAACGUACGCAUGCAGAAUGACCUGAAGCUGCCGCCGAACCUUCGCUACAAUUACCGGCACGCGUUCCACGGCUACUAUCGCCUGGCGACGGUGGAGGGCUUCGCGGGCUUCGGGCGCGGCCUGAACAUGAACUUGUCGCGUGCGGUGAUGAUGACGACGGGGCAGCUGGCGGUGUACGACCAGGCCAAGACGAUGCUGAUCGGCUCGGGCCUGUUCGCCGACAACAUCCUGACGCACUUCGCGGCGAGUACGAUGGCCGGCGCGGCCGCCACCCUGCUCACGAUGCCCGUCGACGUCGUGAAGACGCGCAUCAUGAAGGCGGUGGAGGGCGAGGAGUGCAGCGCCGUCAACAUGCUUCGGCAGACGUACCAGCAGGAAGGCGUACUGGCCUUCUUCAAGGGCAUGACGCCGGCGUUUGUGCGCCUGGCGCCGCAGACCAUUCUCACCUUUCUGUUCCUGGAGCAGCUGCGCCUGGUCUUUCCGGUCAGAUAGUAGCGGCGCGGUGUUCGCACUCGCGCUCGCGGACGUUGAACAUUGGUGACAACGUGCGUCGCGUGUGCGUUUCACUGCCCCACGUGUGGUCGUGUACUGCGUGUGUGUGUGUACGCGCGCGCUCUCCGAGUCCAGAGGGGCUCAAGCGCCGCGUGCUGCAAAGCUAUGUGUUGAUCUGCUGUGGCAGCAGGCAGCGUCCUGUCCCUGUGUGAAGAUAAUUUAUUGGCAUGUGGUCAAGCGUACGAUUGAUGCUGACUGUACCAUGAUGUCUAAUGCUGAGGAUUGGCUCGCUUCACCGACGCAGACGAAUGUGCAGUGCUGAAAGUGUGCGGCACAAGCUUCUGGCGUGGCUGAUGGCUGACUGCCAAUGGGUAUCUUGCUACAGCUUCAACCCAGGCCAUCCCACCCCCCCACCCCACCCCUCUCUCUAUCACUAUCUCCCUCUCACCCUCAUCACCGUCCGAUGUGAGAGAUAGAGAACGGGGCAUUACUGGCUGGUGCUCCCAUUCUGGUGCUUGACGACUGUUACAUGAUCCGCCAACAAA